CAGUGUUUGGUUUCGGCGCCGCGACGAGCCGACAUGGCAACAACAAGCAGCGACAGUAAACUGGAGGGACAGCCGACAGAUGAGGGGAUGGAGGCGGACAGGUCCAUGUCCAGGUCUGACAGUGGGAGUGGAGAUGAUUCCUUGGACAGCCUCUCAAGUCGUGUCCACCGAUGUCCUUUGACCCCUUCGCUGUCGCCACGAAAACGGACCACAAGCCAGUCUAAGACAGAGCCUCCGUUGCUGAGGACCAAUAAAAGGACCAUCUACACAGCAGGCAGACCGCCUUGGUACAACGUCACCGGGACCACCUUCAAAGAGGCCUUCGUCAUUGGUCUGUGUGGAGGAAGUGCCUCUGGGAAAACCACGGUAGCCAAUAAGAUAAUCGAGGCGCUGGAUGUUCCCUGGGUGGUUCUGCUGUCCAUGGACUCGUUCUACAAGGUGUUGAAUAAAGAAGAGCAGGAGUUGGCUGCUAAAAAUGAGUACAACUUUGAUCACCCUGAUGCCUUCGACUUUGAGCUGCUGGUCACCGUCCUCAGAAAGCUGAAGAAAGGAAAAAGCAUCAAAGUGCCGGUGUAUGACUUCACCUCCCACUGCAGACGCAAAGAAUGGAAAACAGUGUACGGGGCCAAUGUUGUCAUCUUUGAGGGCAUCCUGGCUUUUGCCAACAAGGAGCUGCUAAAGCUUCUGGACAUGAAGGUGUUUGUAGAUACAGAUUCAGACAUUCGCCUGAUACGGAGGCUGAAGAGGGACAUUUCCCAACGUGGACGGGACAUCAGUGGCAUCAUCAAACAGUACAAUAAAUUUGUGAAGCCAGCAUUCGAGCAGUACAUUGAGCCCACAGUGCAGGUAGCUGACAUCGUGGUUCCAAGAGGUGGAGAGAACUUUGUAGCUUUGGAUUUGAUUGUUCAGCAUGUCCACAGUCAGUUGGAGAAGAGGAAGCUCCGCUGGGAUAUAUCAGCUCUGGCCUCGGCUCACCAGGGCCAGCCUUUACCCAAGACCCUCAGUGUGAUGGAGAGCACACCACAGGUCCGCGGCAUGCACACCAUCAUCAGGAACAAGGAGACUAACCGAGAUGAGUUUAUUUUCUACUCCAAGAGAUUAAUGAGGCUUCUGAUAGAACAUGCCCUCUCCUUCCUGCCUCUCAAGCCUGUGUCCGUGGAGACGCCUCAGGGUGGCAUCUAUGAUGGAAAGAGGCUGAGCGGUAAAAGAAUCACAGGUGUUUCUAUCCUGAGAGCAGGAGAGACCAUGGAGCAGGCUCUGAUGGCAGUUUGUAAAGACAUCCGACUUGGAAAGAUCCUCAUUCAGACCAACCAUGACACUGGAGAACCAGAGCUUCACUACCUCCGUCUACCCAAAGACAUCAGUGAAGACUACGUCAUCCUGAUGGACAGCACAGUGUCCACCGGAGCUGCUGCUCUCAUGGCUGUCAGAGUUCUGCUGGACCAUGAUGUAGCAGAGGAUAAGAUCUUUCUGUUAUCUCUGCUAAUGGCAGAGAUGGGUGUCCACUCAGUGGCCUAUGCCUUCCCUAAAGUCCGCAUCAUCACCACCGCUGUGGACAAGGAGGUCAAUGACCAGUUCCACAUCAUACCAGGCAUUGGUAAUUUUGGAGAUCGUUACUUUGGCACCGAUGCUCCGUCAGACUGGUGUGAAAGUGAUGAAGGGAUGGACUUCUAAGGAGACGACCAAUCAUGGAGGUGAAGGGCUGUUACAAAAGCACUUAGCCAUGAAAACAGUGGAAACAGACCUUCCGGCUAACAUCUGCUCGGCUCCAUCAACAUCCUCCUGACCAGUGAGGUGAUGCUGUACAAACUGCUUCCCAUCAGUAGAAUGAGCUUCGCUGUUAGGUCAGUGUGAUUACUGAUCAGGUCAGUGAGGAGAUUUGUGCCCAGCAGGAUUCAGUCAAUACCCCGUUCAAGUUUACAGCAAAGUUUAAAGGGGCCAAAGUUCAGUGUUACCUGUGCUUCAAGAUGUGGGAUGUUUGUUGACUGUGUUGAAACUUUUUCACACACAGUCCAUCCUCGAUUGGAUUCCAAAAGACAAUUUCACAACAAGUUCACUUAUUCCACAGUUUUCUCAAAAAUGGAGAAACUGAAGCUACCUAUUAAAAAAGAUGAUUGACUGUGGUGUUAAUGAUGCCAGUAAUGUUUUUGUUGCUAAAGCUGAACCCUCAGCAUUGAUAUUUAAAUUUGGCUUACUGUCAGUUUACUGGAAGAGCCUCAAAGUCUGUGAGUUUCUUUUAGGAUUUUGCACAGUCAGUCUGUUUGCCUUCAAUAGCCACAUAUUGGUGACAAAUAAUUUUAUCGAUGUCUGUGUAGUUUCUCAUUCAUCCAGGUAAUGGUUAUCCAAAGUUGUUUAAAUCAAUCCAACUGGACUUUAAGAAAGUUCCUUGCAAGGAACUGUUUAAACAACUUUGGAAAAUAAUUUUAUCGAUUUAGUUCCAGCUGAAGACUCAGCUGGGAAAAUCUGAUGAGAGCUAUGCUCAAUUUUAAUCAUUAGAUUCAACAGGAGUUCUAAAAAUUGGCUUAAUGUCAUUCAGUCAGUCAGUAAUGAUAUAACAGUGUUUUGCACAAACAGAAAAUAACACUUUCUUCUUUUAAGACAGGUCUCUCACGAAUAUGUAGUAUUAAUAUAUCCCCACUAGUUAGCAGUGCAGUGAUGUUUUUUCUCAGCUUCAAGCUUGCUGGAAGAGUUGGUAUGUUACAGCUUUCCUCUGCUGCUGACACUGCAACUGUCUGUACUGUAAAAUGAUGUUAUCUCAGGCAAAUUUCACUGAAAGGGACAACAAUGACUUGUACUUGAAGAAGGAAACUGACUAAUAAUCGAGUGUAAAGAUCAAAGAUUUUAGGUUACAUUUCCUUUUUUUCCUGUUAACUCGUAUUUAGAUUUUACUUCACCAGGUUCUCACAGCAAUAACACAAAGCUACUAUCGCCCCCUUUGUGCAUCUUUUAUUUAAGUCAUGAAGACAUUUGAGCUCUAAAAAAUGUCUGCUUUGAAGAAACAAUAUUUAACCGAGCCGGAGCUGCUAAUUGAGUCAAUAUAUAGCUUGCAAAUGCUUUGUACUGUAUAAACCGCUGGUGUAAAUGUAGGUAACAUUCAUACCUAAGUUCAAAGAAAGCAGCUGAUAAUCUUAUAAAUCAGGACGCCAAGUGACACAUUGACGAUAUUAUAAUGUCAAGAUGUAAAACAAAACUACAGCACUUGUGUUGACAUGACAUAUCCUCAGAUUUAGUUUGUCACUGAAGUCUCAGUAGCAUUAAAUGUGUGAUUUGAUCAUAUACGGAAGCAGGCCCUUAGAGGACCCUUACUGCUGUUGUUUACGGCCAUUUUAUAUGUUUUAUUUAUUUAUUCUGUUGUUUUCAGGGAUUUUUCACAUAUCCAACACCUCACAGACAUUUAUUCUUGAACUGAAUGAAUUCUUGAAAAUAUUGUUUUCAAGUUCUCUCUCUCUCUCUCUCUCUGAUGUUCUGCAGGCACAUAUGUUCCAGAUCAUUUUAACGACAGGCCUUAUUCAGUGCAGACCUUAAAUGUCGAACCUAACAAGCAUUAAAAACUGCUACUUUCCCUCCAGGUUGCUCCUCUGCUCCAAGGCUUUGCUGGUGUACCUGCUGUGUAGAUGGUAUUAGUUCCUCCUGUGCUCAAAGUGUAUACUGCGUUCAUUCUGUUAACGUCCAGCAAAAUUUAUGCAAAGAGUCGAUGAGACAGCAUUGUAUUUGUGUAUUUAAAUGCAAAUUGCAGCAAAUAGCUUGAAUAAAAUGUCACCUACUGUCACUUUUGUGGAAGGCAGUUUACUUGAAACGGUGAUCCAUUUUUAAGAAGCAACCUGCAGACUAGACUUUAACUAAAAGCUAAUAAUGGUUCAGUUCUUUUCAGGCACUCUGGUCAGCCGUACCAUGGUUCAUUGGUGUUCGUUGCAUCUGUGUUUAGUAAAUCAAAGUGUUCACUGUAGUGAAAAUCUGUUGGUUUUGUAAGUGCAACUUCAUAUGUACAGAAUAAAAACAAAUAACUUAAAACAUCUCA